AUGGCCUCUACGCAUCGCAUUGCUGUAAUCCAAUGGCAUAUCAAGGAGCUUGACCCUGAGUAUAAUCAUGCGACAGCAUGCAACUACAUCAGUGAGGCUGCUGCUCAGGGCGCCGAGCUAGCUGUCCUUCCAGAAUACCAUCUCAGCGGCAUGGUCCCCACAGACCCCCUUUGGACAGUCCAGGCCGGCAAGUCCGCCGAGUACCUAGCGAACUAUCAACGCCUGGCCAAGAAAUUGCAAAUCUGUAUUGUACCGGGUACAAUCAUCGAAAAGCACACGGGGCCCGAUCAAUCAACCCUGCUCUACAACACAGCAUACUUCAUCUCAAACGAUGGCACUGUGCUCGGCUCCUACCGCAAGAAGAAUAUCUGGCACCCGGAACGACCCUACCUCACCUCCUCAGGGUCAGAGCCCCAUGUGGCAAUCGACACCCCGAUCGGCCGCGUAGGAAUGAUGAUCUGCUGGGAUCUGGCAUUCCCCGAAGCAUUCCGGGAAUUGAUCGUCGACGGGGCGGAAAUUGUGAUUGUGCCUACAUACUGGACCCCCCACGACGCCUCUCCCGAAGCUCGCGCGUAUAACCCGGAUUCUGAAGCCCUCUUCCUCGAGUCGACCAUUACAUCCCGCUGCUUUGAGAAUACCUGUGGUAUUGUCUUCGUCAACGCCGCCGGGCCGUCGGAGGAUUUCUUGGGCCUAUCGCAGAUUACGCUCCCUCUAGUGGGUUCGAUUGCUAAGAUGGGGACUGAGGAGGGAUUCGUCGUUGCCGAUUUGGAUAUGGGGCCUAUUGAGGCUGCAGAGAGGAAUUACAAGAUUCAUUGGAAAUGGAGUCUGUCACCAUAUCUGACUGCCAGAAACGCAUUGUUGCGACUGUCACAUCUGUCAUGUCAACACCCACACUCACGUGGCACAUCAUGUCCACUAAGACCUAACACCCUAUGGGCUUCAUCACUGUGGCUUUUGAUCUUGCAUCUCUGCUGUGCAUUAUGUGGAAUCAAAACAAACCCUUGCAGCUUGAAACAGCCUUUGCCUCAAACGCUAUAUCAUUUACAUGUUGCUGCUAUUAGCCUACCACCCAUCACGAACAGCAACCUGGAUUGCAGUUUGCAAAUACCCGGGAACAGCGUCUCUCAUUUUCAAUCUGCCUUCCUCGCAACUUGUUGCAUGUGCCCGCCACUUCAUUGA